GUGAAUUAGUGUACUAGCAGGGCGCGGCGACCCAGUACUUGUGUUCUGAAGGUCAAUUCUUUCUUUAAAGACUUUAAAGAAUUAUGGAGACUUUAAAUCAGAUGUUGGACCUGAAAGAACCAGGCGUGAUGGAUUAUGUUCACCUACAGGGAGUUUAUUUCAUUCACAGCAUUCAAGCAUUAUUUAAGCACCAUGGUGACCUGAUGCAGUUCAUAACAACAGUUGGUGAUCCUCGCUAUGCUUUUCUGAUUUACUUCCCUUUGUCUUAUUGUUUACAUAGACAUACAGGAAUACAAGUUAUCUGGUUGGCAUGUAUUUCUGAAUGGUUCAAUGCAGUGUUGAAAUGGAUAUUACAUGGAGAGAGACCAUACUGGUGGAUACAUGAAAUACAACAACAUGAUCAUGUGAUGCAUCCUGUUUCCCUGCAGCAGUAUUCUCUUACCUGUGAAACAGGACCAGGCAUUCCAUCAGGACAUGCCAUGAUAACAGCUGCUGUAAUGUAUGUGAUGAUGAGAUCUUUCAACAAACAUGCUCUACCAUCUAACAGAAAUGACCUGAAGUUUAUGAUAUGGUGUUUAUAUGGUAUGUUGCUGUUUGCUGUCAAUAUAUCCAGACUAUUUAUAGCUACACAUUUUCCACACCAAGUGGUCGCAGGAACUAUUGCUGGUAUGUUACUUGGAGAAGUGAUUAAACAUGAGCAUGUGUCAAAGCUUGCUUUACAUCAUUACCUUGGUUGGUGUACAUUGUUAUUGAUAUUGGUAGCAGUGACCUACUAUACAAUAUUACUAAUAGGAUUGGAUCCAUUCUGGUCUAUAGCUAAGGCAGUUAAAUGGUGUGCCAACCCAGACUGGGUACAUCCAGAUACAUCGUUAUUCUUCAGUAUAGAUAGAGAUAUAUCUACAUUAUCAGGUUUUGGAGUCAGUUUGUACCUAGCUAAACGUCUGAAUGUAGAUAGUGAGUUAAGAAAUCCCAUGGUUAAAUGUCUCCAAAUUAUACUAAGUAUUGCAGUAACAUUGACAAUGGAGUCAUAUAAAAUCCCUCAUCAAAAUGAACUUAUAUUUUACAUCGGAGGAUUCGUCAAAUUUUUCUCAAUGGUCAAUAUUGUUGUUGUUGUUAUACCAUAUUGUUUGAAAAAAUGUUUUGAACCUGUUAGAAGAAUAAAGAAAUCAUAAUUGACCAAG